CCCCUUAACCACGCCGUCUCAGUUCUCUAGUCACCAGUGAACUCACAGCUCCUGAGAGCAGCUCGUGAUUCUGCUGUUCGUCAGCUUCCUGUGGUUAACUCGCUGAUCUCAGCCUCUCUUCUCGUAUCAACACCUCUGAACAUUUCACAUUUCCAGCGUCUUCAGACUCCAACUUUCUGAGAUGUGUGUCUAUGAAGCAGGUGAACAUGUCCAACCCGGUGGUGAGCCAGCAGCCGGGGGCCAGCUCCUACGGGACCAACGUCCAGACCGGAGCCUGGAGCUCCGACCUCUGCUCCUGCUUCAACGACAUGCCCAUCUGCUGUCUGGGCUGCCUGUGCCCGCUGGCGCUCGGAUGCUACACCGGCCACCGCUACGGAGAGGGCUUCUGCCUGGGCAUCGUCCCCGGGGGGAUGACCGCUAUGAGGACACACAUGAGACUCACCUAUGGUAUCCAGGGUAGCAUCCUGAAUGACGCGCUGAUGACGUCGUGCUGUGGUUGGCUCGAGGUGUGCAGGAUGGCGCGAGAGAUGCGCAGCAGGAACGGAGACGUUUGAUCUAUAAAGUUAUCUCUAUAAAGUUAUUUCUAUACAAUUAUCUCUUAUCUCUCCUGUCUGCUGUGUUCAUCCAUUUCAUUGCAUUUAUUCUACAUUA